AUGCAUAACCCGCUGCUAUCUGACCCGGCGGCGUCUUCCGGUCCUUGGCCACAGGUGGGCUUAGGGCAAGAUCCCGCCAUCUACCCGAUCGUAGUGUGCUGCAUGCACCGCGACGACGCGGAGGCCAUCGACGCUCUCAACGCGACGGUCUUUUAUCAAACCGCGGCUCAUGACGUCCAUCUUGCCGUGUGGCGUGUACAAGAAGCCAACAUAUCGCUGCGCGGCGAGCGGAUCUACAGUGUCCGUGCCGCGCUAGAAGGCAGACAUACCGGUGUUUUCAUUGGGGUCACUUGGGCUCACAUCGGCUUUCAAAUCGGAGAGGGCGAACGGCACAUCAAGCAAUACUCAUGCCGGUACAAGCGAUUCGACAAGAAGGGUCUGUCCGUGGCCAGCGCCAUCGCGUAUAUGGUUAUGAAAACCGGGCACAACUUCCCCCUCGACAUCGACCUCGACUUGCCCAUCAUCCCAGCCCCGCUCCGCCUCGUCCCAGCUCCCGCUCUGCUCUGUACUCCC